UGUUUUGUUGUGGUAGGAGCACUGUAAUCAUAGAGUUGUCUUUUGCGGUUUUUGUUGAAGAUUGUAGAUAUUCUGUGUUCUGGAAGCUUCUGUGGAUUUAAAAGAAAAUGGUCGCUUCAAUAAAACGGUUUUACAAGACGAAGAGUGUGUGAGCUGCUUUUGAAGUGGAAGGAAGCAUGCUGCUUUCCGUCAUAUUUUUCGUCACGAUUCUUUUUUCGGUGUUGCAAUCAUCACGAGUUCAUGAUCAUCUGAGAGUCAGAAGACAGUCUCCCUCAGAGGAGACUCCUGUUAUCUUCCCGGAUUUGGAGGUGAUGCCAGAAAACCAAUGCAUUGCCUACGAUGGGGGAGUCGGACUGUGCAGACCUGCUGGGCUUUGUGUCUUUCGAUUCGAUACGGUGAAAGAUCUGGAGGAGUCGUCAUGUACAAUGGAUAACGGAAAGGUCGGAAUUUGCUGUCCAAGUAAGCCACCACCAUCAAGGGUCACUGGUCCGAUUCGUCCAGAGAACCCUGUAUCCAUGCCGGAUAUUACAUCUACAGAUUUGGAUUUCGCUGGACAAGAGGGCAGAUCCAUCGUCCAACGGAUUGAACAACUUGAGGCGGAACUAAGACGAAGAGGUCUAGUCAUUAAAAAGGGCAGUGCAGAGUACUAUUUGCUGGCCCAAUUUGAUGGAGAUAGAAAGAAAGUGUGGGAACUAGGGAGAGACGGUCUUACUGGAGUUGAAGCUACUCUUAGAUUAGUCAGGACAUUCCAGUUAACUUCAACCCAAAGCCGAGAGGGCUUGAGGCAUCUCAGUCUUGCCAAUACUGUGAUAGCCGAUACCUGUCCGAAGAACUCACCGUGCCCAACAACAAAGUACAGAACCUCGGAUGGAUCAUGUAACAACUUGCGACAUCCUGAGUGGGGAAAGGCGUUUCACACGUAUGCCAGAGUAGUGCCACCUCGGUAUGCUGAUGGUAUAAAUGAGGCUCGUUUAUCUUAUGACGGCGGUCCUCUGCCCAGUGCAAGGGAGGUGUCUCAGCGAGCCUUCGCAUCCGAAAAUAGGCCCAGUCGAAAGGUAACCGUGGCUUUCGCUUUGUGGGCACAGUUCUUGGCGUAUGACUUGUCUCUUACUGGUGUCACAAUUGCGGGAAAUGGAGAUGGGAUAUUAUGUUGCCACCCAGAAAUUCAGAAGAAUCCUCGACUUUUGCACCCUGCGUGCAUGCCUAUCCACAUCUUGGACGACGACCCCUACUUCCGCAAAUUUGGAAGAAGCUGCAUGCACUUCUUGAGGUCCAUUGCUGCUCCGAGAUCAGAUUGCACUUUCGGUCCGCGAGAGCAACUGAAUCAAGUAACUGCCUACAUAGAUGGUUCUUCCAUUUAUGGGUCGUCCGAAGAAAGGACAAAGGUUUUGCGGAGCUACGAAGGAGGUAAACUGAAAUGGUCUAUAGCUGGAGGUGAAGAUAUGCUGCCAGCAAACAAAUCACUUCCCUGUGCGAGCAAGGAUUCUCCUUGUUUUGCGUCUGGUGAUAAGCGUUCAAAUCAAAAUGCAUUACUUACUCUUAUCCAUGGUGUGAUGUUAAGGGAACACAACAGGUUGGCGGAUCGUUUAUCACGACUGAAUGCCGGUUGGAAUGAUGAAAUUCUUUUCCGAGAAGCUAGGAGACUGCUUUGCGCACAGUUACAGCACAUCACUUAUACAGAGUUCUUGCCUCUACUUCUAGGCAACAAAGUCAUGUCUUCAUACGGAUUGUCGCCGAAGUUGUCCGGAUUUAGCUUUGAUUAUAAUGCCGAUUUGAAUGCCGCUAUCAUAAAUUCAUUCGCGACUGCUGCAAACAGAUUUGGACAUACUCUAGUUCAAGAAGACAUUGAAAUGUAUUCUUCCCAGGGAGCCCGUCAUGACGAAAGCACCCUCCAAAAAUUCGAUCCUUCGCUUCUGCACCGGAAAGAUAGCUUCGAUGCCUUGGUCAGGGGCACGUUGAGACAGCCGGCACAAGCAUUUGACAGUCAUGUUUCUAAUCAGUUGAAGAACCAACUUUUCAAUGAUUCUGGAUACGGCUUGGAUAUCAUUGCCCUGAACAUACAAAGAGGACGUGAUCAUGGGCUUCCUGGUUAUAACGAAUGGCGGGAAUAUUGUGGUUUACCCCGACUUCGUAACUUUAAAGAACUUGAGAAUAUCAUGGAACCUACAGUUGCUAAAAACUUCAGUCGCCUUUACGGCAACGUGGAUGACGUCGAUCUGUACCCUGCCGGCAUAGCUGAAAACCCAUUACCGGACGCUAUUCUGGGCCCAACGUUUGCGUGCAUUGUGGCUGAACAAUUUCGAAGACUGAAAUUAGGAGACAGGUUCUGGUACGAAAAUGGAGGAAUGGAGUCCUCUUUCAGUGAAGCCCAACUGCAAGAAAUUAGAAAAGUCACACUUUCAAGACUCCUCUGUGAUAAUUCUCACGUGGAAUCUAUACAGUUAGUUGCAUUUGUGAAACAGGCUGGAUGGAAUCCAACGGAAAAUUGUAAAGAUGGAAAAAUACCAAGGAUGAAUUUGGCUCCUUGGAAAAAUGAGCCUGUUUGGACUUGAACUUUCUCCAACUUGUUGAUAGUGAACCAUCCCUCCCCUUUUGUAGAUAGAUGAUAUUUAUUUAUUUCACAUUUUUUUACCUGCACUGAGAUAUCUUAGUCAUGAUAUAAAUGAAAAUAAAUAAAAAAAUAUAUAUUUUGGUA